AUGAAGUUUUCUCAUUCACUGCAAUUUAACGCAGUAUCCGAAUGGAUAGACUAUUAUGUAGCGUAUGACCAUCUCAAAAAACUGAUCUUUCAGUUCGAAAAAGAACGUGUGAACAGAGCAAACUUGUCAAGAGAUUCAGAAAACGCUGCGAAUCAAACGAGUGAAGAACAAAAAGAGGAACAGGAGUCUCAGUUUAUAAUCGAACUGGACAAACAACUCCAAAAGGUCUCGGAUUUUUACUCCUCCCAAGAAUCAGACCUUUAUUCCACUGUCGAUCAACUGGCUGUCGAGGUGUCAAAUACAGCCGAACCAUCAGACUCUCCACACGUACCACAAGCCCACACCGAAUUUCCAAACACCGUCGAAGGCCCACUCGAAAGCCUCGACUCAUCCUUUGGACAUGAAAAAUCACGUUUCCCAACCGGAAGAACAUCAAUUCACAAUGACUCGCUCUCUCGAAAAAUGUCUCGCAUGUCAUUCGAAUCUCGUCUCACCGUCCGCUCAAACCAGACCCAGUCUGUCGAACGCUUGGUGGACCUGAGAACCCAGAUAAUCAUGGUCUAUGUCUCACUCUCAGAACUCGAAUCAUAUAUCGAACUCAACCGAAUCGCUUUCCAAAAGAUCCUCAAAAAGUACGACAAGGUUCUGGAAGGAAACCUUCGCGAAUACUAUCUCACCAAGGUCGUCGCCGAAGCAAGACCCUUCAUGCCAUCUACUCUCGAUUCCCUACAUAACCAGAUCGAACGUAUCGAGCAACUUUAUGCCGACGCAUUCUACAACGGAAAUGUAACAGUCGCCAUCCGUCAGAUGAAGACACACUUGCGAGACCAGGUCGCAUUCGAACGCAAUACGGUCUGGAAAGAUUUGAUUGGCCAAGAACGUAAAGUCAACGAUGCCCACGUAAAGAGUCCAGAUGGCGAACGAAUGGUCGCCUACGAAACUCUUCGAAGCUCUCUGUGCUUCCUCUUGUCUGUUGCAGUCUUUGCAGUCCUGCUCAAUGUCGACUGCUUUGGCCAGAGACAAGAAAACUAUUGUUUCGCACUCCUGAUUUUUGCUGCAAUCAUGUGGGCCACCGAGGCAAUUCCUCUCUAUGCUACAUCUCUCAUGCUCCCCUUCCUUAUUGUUCCCUUGGCUAUCCUGCGAAAUGCGGAUGGAAGUGUGAUGGAUGCCAAACCAGCCGCCAAGGCCGUGUUUUCGUCCAUGUUUAGCGGAACUAUCAUGAUGCUCCUCGGAGGUUUUGCACUCGCGGCUGCUCUCUCAAAGUACGGAAUCGCCAAAGCAUUCGCAUCCCACGUUCUGUCCAGAGCAGGCUCUCGUCCUAGAUGGGUUCUUUUAGCCAACAUGUUUGUUGCUGGGUUCUUGAGCAUGUGGAUCUCCAAUGUAGCCACCCCCGUCUUAUGUUUCUCACUCAUCAAUCCAAUUCUACGCACCUUACCGGACGGUUCUCCAGUCGGACCCUGUCUGUUGCUUGGUAUUGCGCUUGCCAGUUGCAUCGGUGGUAUGACUUCUCCAAUCUCGUCGCCUCAGAAUAUCGUGACCAUCCAAUACAUGGAACCAAACCCAGGAUGGGGUAUCUGGUUUGGCGUUGCCUUGCCGGUGUCGAUUCUUUCUAUUUUUGUGGCCUGGGCUAUCCUGCUGCUUGUCUACAGACCAGACCGUGCCUGCCCUCAUCUCAACAAAAUCAAGCCUACCAGAGGAAAGGUCAGCUUUACCCAGUAUUUCGUAAUGGCCGUAACUAUCUUGACCAUUGCACUCUGGUGUGCCGAGAGUUCGAUGGAGGACCAUAUUGGUGACACGGGUAUUAUUGCAGCCAUUCCACUGUUUGUCUUCUUUGGCACAAAGAUCCUCGGUAAGGACGAUCUGAACGCAUUCUUGUGGUCUGUUGUUGUGCUUGCCCAGGGCGGUAUGUCACUUGGCUAUGCGGUCACCUCGUCCGGGCUAUUGGAGGACAUUGCUCUGCGCAUCAAGGACGGUAUCCAGGACCUGGAGCCUAUUGCAAUCCUGGCCAUCUUUUCGCUUCUUAUUCUGGUGUUUGCUACAUUCGUUUCACACACCGUAGCUGCCCUGAUCAUUGUACCGAUUGUGCAGCAGGUCGGUCAGCAGCUGCCUACUCCCCACGCAAACCUGUUGGUUAUGGGAGCUGGUCUGGCAUGUUCUGCAGGUAUGGGUCUUCCGGUCUCAGGUUAUCCAAACAUGUCGGCUAUUAUGCAGGAAGAUGCAUCUGGAAAGCCUUAUUUGACCACAAAGGAUUUCAUUAUCACGGGUAUUCCUACCAGUAUUAUAUCUACUGCCUUGGUAUUCACACUUGGCUAUGGUAUUAUGUCUGGUGUUGGUUACUAAUGAUUCUUAUAAUGUCUAUAAUAAUAAUAAUAAUAAUAAUAAUAUCAUUCAUUCAUUAUAUUGUACAUUUCUUUUCUUUUCUUCCCUUCCCUUCCCUUUUCCUCCACCAUUACUAUUAAUAUUAAUAUCAUUAUCAAAAUACACAUCUACACAUAUACACUCUCAUAGAAUUUCUCUUUAACCUCUUCCUUUAUAUAUAUAUAUAUAUAUUUUAUAUAUAUUAUUACUUUUACUAUUACAAUUAUUUACCUAUUUCAAUGUAUAUUAUAUCUGUAUGUAUGUAUUUCUAACAAACUUAAAUUGCAAUAUAUAUAUAUAUAUAUAUAUAUUUUAAAAAAAAUC